AACCUCUCACAGGUGCUGUGUCAGUUCAUUACAUUACAUUUGAAAGUUCAAAAAUACAGUGUGAUACAUACAUAGAUAGUCUUGCCAGAAGGGACGGACGUUCCCUGCUUCGAACGCACCCCUGUCCUCAUAAAUGUCUCUCUCUCUAGAAAAUGACUCUACAUCACCACUUCUCCCUCUCUUGUCGCCGGUUUCCAUCUAUUCACUUUCUCUCUCUAAAAGUUAAAGCAUCUCCACUCUCUUUCUCUCUUUUCUCUUUCUAGAGUAUAAAUGUAUAUCUAUACAUAAGAUCUGUGUUUCUAUCUGUGUGUGUUUGAAUUUAGCUGAAAAGCUAGGGUUUCUGUUCGCUUGAUCUUCUCGGAUUCUUCACAUUCGCGCUCUCGUGCUUUUUCCCGAUAAUUCCGGCCCAAGAUUUUCUUGGAAACUUCAAUUUCUCUCUCCUUCAACAUCUUUUUGUCUCUCUUUUAUGAGUUAAAAUGGAGAGAGUGAGGCUGAGGAGGUCCAAAGUUACUUCCAUCAACGAAGGAAACAGGCAGACUCAGAAACAAAGAACUGUUCCAAAAUUGGCAUCUGGUUCUAGUUCUCGGAGUAGUGGUGGUACCACUGAGGAAGAAUUGUUAACAUUUGAUCUGGCACAAAGCUCUUCGAAACGAGUAACUGGGACCCCAAUAAAGAAAUUAUUGGCAGAUGAAAUGUCAAAAGAAACUGAAUCCAAGAGAAGACCACCAACUGUUAUUGGCAGAUUGAUGGGUCUCGAUGGGUUACCACCUCAGCAGCCUGUUCAUAAACAACAAAAGGGGUUCUCAGAAAACUAUCGGCAGAGGACUGCAUCAAUAGGAUUUCAGAGGAAUGACAAACUAUAUGACCGCCGAUUGAAUAAGAAGAUCUCAACAGAGCAGCUAGAAUUCAAGGACGUCUAUGAAGUUUCUGAAACAUUGAAGGUUGAGAGUGCUAGUAACCCAUCAAAAGAGACUACAAACUCAAAGCUAACUGAAGCAGAUAUAGCAUUCAUUCAACAGAAGUUCUUGAAUGCAAAAUGUCUUUCCACAAACGAAAAGCUUCAGGAUUCAAGAGAGUUCUACGAUACACUUGAGAUGCUAGAUUCCAACAAAGACUUAUUGCUGGAAUUUCUCGAGCAACCAGAUUCCUUGUUCACGAGACAUCUGCUUGAUCUGCAAGAUGCUGUUCCCAGAUCCCAGUGCAGUCACAUAGCAGUUAUGAAACCAUCAAACUAUGAAAAGUAUGAAAGCAGUGCCAUAGGCUGGAAUUUGGAGAGAGAACCUUCUUUAAAGUGCAAUAUUAGCUCUCAGCGGAAACAUCAAGAUGGCCAUUUUAGUUACUCCUACAAAAAAUGUGGUUCUCAUAACUCUGUUAAACCAUCAAAAAUGCAAUUAGAAAGGAAGCCUGAGACAGAUGUCCUCCCAGUCCCAGCAAGGAUUGUUGUUCUGAAACCAAACGUUGCGAAGAUGCGGAAUCUUACUAGAUCUGUUCCAUCACCUACUUCACAUACUUAUCAGUUAGACAAUAGGAAGCAUACAGAAUUUCCAAGUAUUGGCAAUGGGGAGGCAGGAUCAUAUGUGAAGAAGAAUUUAGACAGUGAUGUGGGUCUUUCGAUGCCCAAGUUCAGAGAAUCUAGAGAAAUUGCUAAAGAGAUUACUAGGAGAAUGAGAGACAGCAAGCUGAUCAACCUGUCGUCCACAUCUAGAGGAUAUGCUGGGGAUGAGAGCUCAUAUAGCAUGUCUGGAAGUGAUUCUACAAGUGAAUCAGAGGUGACAUUGCAGACUUCCCGAAAUUCAUUUGACUGGAGUAGCCGACAGAAGCUUUCGUCAUCCCAUUCAGUUGAAUCAUCUGUUAGUAGGGAGGCCAAGAAGAGACUUUCAGAGAGGUGGAAGAUGACACAAAGGUAUCAUGAUGUGGGAGUAGUUUGCAGGGGCAGCACACUGGGUGAAAUGCUUGCUAUUCCUGACAGGGAGUUGGGAGCAGAGAAUUGGGAUGCCAUGAUAGGUGUGGAUGAACCCAGUGAGAGAUUUCAUAGCGUUGAUGAAACUGCUGCUUGGGAUGAUCCUUUGGGUAUCAGCAGCAGGGAUGGUUGGAAGGAUGGACGUAUUAGGAAUUUAUCAAGACAAUUUCCCCCUGUUUCAUUGGUUGGCUGCGGUGGUCCUAUGGAAUGUGAAGCUCUUGAUGAUGAUAGGUAUCUGAUGCCAAAAGAAGCUAUGCACCGGGGUAGAAAUAAGGCGUUGAAGGGAAACUUAGGUCAGAAAAAUCUUUCACCUAGAAACUUAAGAUCCAGGAAUAAGAAAUCGCAGUCCUCUCACCAUACAUAUAGGCGUAGUAUUGACUCUUUACAGGAAAUUCAUUCCAGCCAAUUUCAGGGGGAGAGUGAUCUUGAAAAGGAAGGGCCAUCUGACCAAAAGCCCGUGGUUUUUGAGAUUCCUGCUAACAAUGUUGUCUAUACCAGUUCAACUAUUGAUGCGGCGGGGGAUCCUGAACUUGAGAGUAUGACCAUGCCCUCUGAAUGCACUGAUGAUUCACUUACAAAAACAUCAAUUUCUGUGUUAGAAAACGGUGACCCCUCUGCUCGUGACAUUGAGGAUUCAAAAACAGAGGAACCAUUGAUUGUACCAUCUGAAGAAAGUCCAGUUCCUUCUCAGUGUCCCAUUACUGAACCACACUCUCCAGCAAGCUCCAAGGAGGUUGAUCGUCUGAGUCCAGUUUCAGUUCUGGAAGUCCCUUUUACAGAGGAUGUAUCGUCCAGUUCUGAAUGCUCGAGAGUUGUUGCUGAUGUAUCGUCUGGUGGUUCUGAAUGCUUUGAGAGAGUUGUUGCUGACCUUCACGGGCUUCGAGAGCAACUUAAGCUUCUCAAGAUGGAGACAGAAACAUAUGCAGAAGGGCCCAUGUUUAUGUCAAGUAACGAAGAUCUUGGGGAAGGGUUUAUUGCAGUCUCUGAGGAUAAGGAAAUGUAUAUAGAGGAGAGCUGGGAAGCUUCCUACCUAGUUGAUGUGUUAAUUGACUCAGGUUUCAAUGAAACCGAUGCUGAUACGUUCAUGGCAACAUGGCACUCUCCCGAUUGGCCCCUGGGUCCCGGGAUAUUUGACAAUCUUGAGAAGAAAUAUUGCGACGACGAGACAACUUGGUCGAAGUCUGAUAGGAGGCUGCUAUUUGACCGUAUAAAUUCUGCACUCUUGGAGAUUUCCCAGCUUAUCAUGGAUCCACACCCAUGGGUGAAGCCAGUAAAAUUGAGGGUUGGUUCAAAGUGGCAGACAGACAGGAUCAAGAACGAGCUGCAAAAGUUGCUGGAAUGCCAAGAAAAGAGCGCGGAUGAGGACAUGUGGGAGAAGGUGCUGGAGGGGGAGUCACAGUGGUUGUAUUUGGGAGAUGAGAUCGAUGCAACAGGUAAGGAAAUUGAGAGGUUGGUGUUAGAUGAUCUAAUAGCUGAGGUUUUAACAAUGUAGAGUUUUUGUACCAGAAAAUGCUAGGCAUUUACAUAGACAGAUGAGGUGAUGCAAUGGUUGGUUUAGAAGAUAAUGAAUAAGACUAAAGUACCAAAUCCUUACAACCAAAGAAAUUUCUAAUGAUACUUAAAUUGAAACAUAAAUUGAUGGGCACUGGAACAUAGUUGUAUGUGGAGUUACAGAUUUGAGUUUUAGAAUGAUGGAUGAAACACAGGAGAUACACAUUAUGACCCAACUUGUGAACCAUUUUAACUUUUUAGGGAUUUGGAUCCAGGUUUUGCUUU